AUGAUAGAGUUGUACGCUGAGUUUGAACAGCAGUCAGGGUUGGGCGCAGUCGGCGAGGAGGUCAAUGUUAAUGAGCUCGGGGAUAUAGAUUGGGAAGAAGAUAAUAAUGACAGUGAAGAGGAGUUCGAAGCUAACUAUGAAGUCGAUGAUGAAAAUGAUGACGGAGACUUGGUAGGUAAUCCGGAGGUGCAAAAUGAAGCGAAUGCGAUUGUAAGCCAGCACCCGUUUGAUGUUUCAUCUUUUAUGCGGACUCUAGAUCUCGAAGCCAUACAUGUCCUGGAAUUUCCUGAGUAUGCGAAUACGGGUGAAGGCAACACUGUGGUAGAAGAUGGCGAGUUUAGUGUUGGAAUGGAAUUUGGUUCAAGAGAGUCGUUGAUAUCUGCAAUCAAAAGCUACACUAUCUCUAGAGGAGUUGAUUACACUGUGUAUAAGUUUGAGCCGCAGACAUUCUAUGCAAAAUGCAAGGAUGCCAUUAGGCCAUUGGUCGAAUUAAACCCCACGAUAAAGGUGAAGUCUGUUAUUGCAGAAGUUCAAUACAGGUUCAACUACACUAUGAGUUAUCGCAAAGCUUGGUUGGCAAAGCAGAAAGCUGUUGCCAAGGUUUUCAGUGAUUGGGAAGUUUCUUACCAGACUCUGCCAGUAUGGUUGAAAGCAAUGACGGUGAAGAUGCCAAGGUCUCCAUUUAGACACUACAAGCCACUGGUACAAGUUGAUGGCACGCACCUGUACAGAAAAAAUAAAGGUGCACUUCUGGUAGCGGUUGCACAAGAUGGGAAUCAAAAUAUUGUGCCUAUUGCAUUUGCGAUAGUCGAGGGCGAGACGGCAGACGCAUGGGAGUUUUUCCUAACCAAUUUGUGGAGAUAUGUUGUUACCAUUGAUGGUGUGGGUAUUAUUUCUGACCGCCAUACCUCCAUCGAUGUUGCAAUAGCUCGCAGUAACGGUGCAUGGUCACCACCAGGGGCGUGGCACAUGUACUGCAUCAGGCACAUCGGGUCCAACUUCUUAAGGAAGUUCAAGGCUCCAUAUUUGCAUAAACUCAUGGUAAACACAUGCUAUUCUAGGACAGAGCAGGAGUACAACAAAAACUACCAAAGGCUUAAAGAGCGGGGUGAGGCAUAUACUCAAUGGUGCGAUGAGAUCGGUGUUGAGAGAUGGGUGUUGGCAUUAGAUGGUGGUCAGCGUUGGGGACAUAUGACGACAAACUUGGUAGAGUGCAUAAAUUCUGUCUUGAAGGGUGCACGCAACCUUCUUGUGACUGCCCUGGUCCGGUCAACUUUUUAUCGGUUGAAUGAAUUGUUCACUCGAAAGUGUAUCGAGGCUCAUGAGCGUCUCCGCAACGGAUUCAAGUAUUCAGAAUUUGCAACGAAGAGAGUUGAAGAAAGCUUUCGACGUGCAGGAAACGUUGUGGUCAAUCGGUUCGACAGGCACAACGAGAUGUUUUAG